UGUCGGCAGGUUCACUGUCACAUCAGAGGAGAGAGAGAAGAACAGAUUACCUGCUGCUUCUGCAUGGGACAUGGAGCGACUGAGUGCUGAAGCUGAUGGCUUCUUUGACGUUCUGGAGGAGAGGAGGCGGAGCAGUGACUUAAGCUACGCCUUCCGGACCUUUAACCCUCAGCCAUACCGUGGGGCCACGCCCAUUUCAGCUGCCGCUCUAAACAGGAUGGUGCUUGAAUCACAGUACCUGAGCUACGUCAUACAAGAGAUCAUGCUUGAGAGUGAAGAACCGCGUGAGGCGCUUCUAGAGGAGGCUUCUGCGCUGCUGGACGAGAUGAGUCAAAACCUUCAGUUGGGAUUCAUUCGUCUGCUGGGCUCCAUAAUGAACAAAGUUUUUAAGAGCGUCUUCAGCUCUAUACACGUCAAUGAGGAUGGACUCACACGGCUCCAGCAAGCCAUUCAGGAGUAUCCCGUCAUCCUGUUGCCCAAUCACAGGAGUUACGUGGACUUCCUGGUUCUGUCUUACAUCAUGUUCACUUAUGACCUCUCUAUCCCCGUCAUUGCAGCUGGAAUUCCUCUGAUGGGGAUGAAGCUGAUUGGUGAGAUGUUUCGGCGGUCAGGAGCGUUCUUUAUCCGUCGUGCCAUUGGCUCAGACAAGCUGUACUGGGCGGUGCUUUCUGAGUACGUCAGAACCAUUGUGCGGACAGGUUAUGCUCCAUUAGAGUUUUAUGUUGAAGGAUUACGUAGCAGAACGCUGAAAUCUCUCACGCCAAAACUAGGAAUGUUGCACAUGGUGCUAGAGCCUUUUUUUAAAGGAGAGGUGUUUGACAUCAGUCUGGUGCCCAUCAGCAUCAGUUACGAGCGUAUGCUGGAAGAGUCGCUCCUCGCUCAUGAGCUGCUGGGUGUGCCUAAACCAAAAGAGACCACAGGGGCUUUGCUGAAGGCCAGGACUGUGCUGAAGGAGGAUUACGGCUGCAUGCAUGUGUGCUUUGGCAACCCUGUGUCAGUCAGAGACCUGGUGAAGGGAAAAAUAAACUGCAGACAGUAUAAUCUGGUGCCCAGGUAAUAAAAACACUAGAGUUAGUAAACUAAACUAAACCUAAAACAUAAAAAAAACA